AAACAAUGAACCAACUAAUUCAAAUAAUUUCUGAAGAUGAAUUCAAUGAGGAUGCAGAUUCUUCCGAUCGUCAGCUUCGUGUUCUUCGCUCUGUUACAGCUUAGUUAUGGACAAGUUAUUGGUUCUUCACCGGCACCUGGUCCGGUAAGCAACGGUGCGGCCAUCGAUCAAGGAAUCGCCUACCUUCUCCUCAUACUGGCCCUCGCCAUCGCGUAUAUCUUCCAUUGAUUUUAUUUUUCAUGUACUGAUAGUGAUUUAUUUAAUUAUUUUCUCUUUUUUAAUGUAGUUUUUCUCCACGCAUUGGGCUUGGAGAAAUUGCACUUUUGAAUGAUGUUAUUUAAUCUAUGGCUAUGUAUAUAAAUUUUAAGUAGUAUU